AUGUCUCCUCACAGCCCCAACACCGACCCCAACACCGAACCCAACUGCUCCUCCUCCCCCUCCAUUACAACCACCGCAACAACAACCAGCCUACCAACCGACUCCCCACCCCCCUACACCCGCACCGACCCGCAACCGCAGAAAUCCAACUCCUCUCCCCCAGCCUACCUCCCGCACCUCAUGCCGCUCCCCCUUCGCCAACUCCGUCAACACUCACAACGCCAACAUGCCCACCCACGCCCCCGAGCCCGCGACUCAGAUCUAGAAUCCCUCACCGAGUUCCUCCCCUGGAUAACGCACUCACCCACCACCACAGCCUUCACCCCGCCCACCACCUCCAACGCCACACCCCAACUACAACCACAACCAGCACGACCACGCCCCACACUAGCACCCUUGUAUAUUCCUCCACCAGUCCCAGCAAGCACAGCAACCGAAGCAAGCCCAACAGAAACAAACAUCCCGUUUACAAACCACUAUGUGUUAUCUACGCAAUCACUGCACAUGUACCAACAGCAGAGUUUUGCGGGGAGUACACGAACGCUUGUGACACCGCUUCGGCCUUCACCACAUCGAGCCUCCAGAUCCACAGCACCACGGGGCGCGAGAAACGCACCCGGUGGUGUUCGUACCGCGAGAGUAGUUUUCAUUGAAGACGAGGGUGUAGUGAGGGAGAGGGAUGGAGUGGGUAGGGAUAUGAGUAUGAAGAAGAAUAAGGGGGGUAGAGGGAGUUUGGGACUGAGUAUAUGUUCUUGGGUUUUGGUGGGGUUGGGGAUUAUGGCUAUUGUGGGGUUUAUUGUUGGAACGGUGUUUAUGCUUAGGGAGAAGGCGGGGUGA